AUGGCUCCUGCAUUCCGGAAGAGUUCGGAAUAUACAGAUUACCUUGGGGAAACAGUCCUCAGUCGUCCCCAAGAUCAACUGCUCCCCCGACUCGAUAGCCAGGAUGGCCAGAUCUACAUGGCGCCAGGAGAGUUGUACUGCAGAUUUCGUCACCCUAACGGCCAGCUCUGCUCGAAUGAUAAACGGUUUUCUAGAAGGUAUUAUUUGGUAUGGCACUACCAGGUCGAGCACAACCUCACAAUAGCACACAAUGCGACGAAGCCCAACUCGAAAAGAGGGAGAGAUCUAAUAGUUGCAUGGUACAAGGAGCUUAUGGAAGGGCAGCAACCUUCCUGGCGCGCCAAAGACCAACAGUCCCUACAAGCCAACACACAAACCAACGCGCCUUUACCAGUUCCAAGCGCCCAAAAUGGCCAAGCUCAACCUACCCAAGAUGAUCAGCCUCAGGCCGCCGAUGAAGAUCUCCCUCGAGACUGA